CUCACUUCCUACUAGCACUUGCAGUCAACAACAACUUCACGGUAGCGCAAUAUAUCUGUGAAUAGUACUAUAAGAAAAAAACUGCUGCAAAAUGAGGAUCACAGAUCGCCCAGUGCUAAUCGGCGCUCUAAUCGGAAUUCUAGUAUUGCUGUUUUACUUUUCGAAGGAAAUGACAUUGAUGGAAAAAUCCAUCGGCUUACUCACCACAUACAAAGACUCCAUUCAAGAGGCCAAUGUACCAACUGCGGCCAGCGAACUGCGUUUGCCGGAGGAGUUCCCUCACCUCUCAGCAGAGGACCCGGUUCUUCGUGAGUAUGUGAAAAGGCGACUCAUACAGCCGCCUGCAGUAGGAGAUUACAAACUCUUGAAGCCCGACAGAACUCACUUCUCGCAGUUCACCCAAAGCCAGAUCGCCAAUAAUCUUUUAAAAGGAUUGGAUAAGGGCUUCUUCUUGGAAGCUGGAGCACUGGACGGAGAAGACAAGAGCAACACCUUGUUUUUCGAGAGGGAGCGGUCCUGGACGGGCCUCCUCGUGGAGCCGGACCCUUCCCAGUUCAAAGUGCUUAUCUCGAAGAAGCGUAAAGCGUACUCAAUCAACGCAGCCUUCUCCCUCUCCAAUUCAUCGGAUGUGGUCAAAUUCAUGCCAAUUCGAGCACUUGGGCGCCUGGUACCGGGCAGCAAGCAGGGGAUACUCGUGAAGACAGUUCCCAUCGCCACCAUACUGCAGGCGCUGGAGGUCACUCAGAUCGACUUCUUUUCCCUGGACAUCGAGGGAGCCGAGAUGCAGGUUCUGGCGACCUUUCCUUGGAAUGAAGUCAAGGUUCGACUCAUGUGCAUCGAGGUUAACCACGUCGGGUUUGAACCUGUGGAUUCCUUCAUGAAGAAACAGGGAUAUAUGUACGUCGGCAAGCGAUAUAUCGACGCGUGGUAUGGGUGGAAGGACCUGCUUAAAGAGACAGUCAAUUUAGAUGAAUAUCCGAAGGAGGUACUUCUUCCGUAGGGUUUCUAUCUCUUUCGGUCUCGUGGUGUAAGAAGGUUUCGAUAGAUAUUGAUUUAGAGUGUGGUGUAGGAUAGGCUUUUGACAAUCGUGUGCAUCUGCUACCAGUUCUCUAUCUUUCAUUUCGCGGUUACCAGCCAACUUCCUUUUGUUUAAAGUUAAAAUUUGACUCAUAUAACGUAUUCCUCGACGAUUUAUUCUAUUUUCUAGUCUGCAUACUCCGAAUUAGAAUUUGUCUAAAUUGAAAUUUUCCUUACUUUGGCAUUGUUUGGGCAAGGUAACUCACAGGAUCUGAGAACCCGAGGUUGAUAAUUUUUUUUACCACUGUUGAGUGUUUUAUCUUUUUUUUUUUUUUUUUUUUUUUUUUUAAAGGAAAGGUUAGGAUAGUUAGUUUUUUUUUUUUAUAACUAGAAUGUGAUACUGUGUGGGAUUUUGGUUUUUGCUUUUUGUGUUCACGUAUUACUAUUAGAUCAAUACAAUACUAAAUGUUUAAGUGAAGGUAAAAUAAGUGUUAUUAAGUGAAAGUAAGAUAAGUGUUCUUUAUCAGACUAGUCAAGUGAAUCAUGAUUAUUUGAGAUGUAAGUCUUUUUUUUUGCAAUUUCAGUUAAGUUGCAUCGGUAGUAUAUCGCAUUGUUAUUGUUAUUAUGACUUUUAAAUAAAACAUUCAAUUACUUACUAGAUCUCAGG